AUGCCCACUAUCGCCAACAGACUUUGUGGUCGCCGUGAUGUACCAUGCGACGGAAGUUUUGUAAAUCUGACCCUUGUCAGUUGGUGCCAAGCACUGACCCUUCCCAUUUUCUGCCCCCCUGUAGAGUCUUAUGGGAUAGAUGGCGUUUAUACAAGGCCUUGCCCCCCCUUGCAGAUUGGGGACCGUUGCCGUAGCGUUACUUCCUGGGUGCGCGGAGUUCAGUCGCUCUUCCCCUUUGCAAGCCAGUCCUAUAAACCGCUCCCCACCUGUCUCUUUGUUCACUCUGCCUCGCCUUCUCCGUUCCCCUCUUCUCGUCUCCCCGCAUGGAUUUCACUUAGCUGCGUUUUCACACGGAUCCCGGAGGGCUAG